AUGCCAACAAAUACGGUAUUUUCAAAUGACGGAACUCAACCAAAAUUGAGCAUUUCAUUUAUUAAAUCACAAAAAGGAAAAACUUUAUUAGUAGCAAAUGAAUAUACUUUCAAACUAAACAAAACAACAACUACAACUAAAUAUUGGAAGUGUACAUACAAUGGUGGCUCUUCUAAAAUUCAUACAGAUUUGAAUGAUAAAUUACUUAAAACAAUUGCAAUUCAACGUCGUGUCGAUAAUCUUGGUGAACGAUAUUAUGAUGGUGUUAUAAAUGCUAUGGAAUACUUAGAUGGCUUAUCAUUCAUCGUUGCAAAACGAAAAAAUUAA